AGCUUAGCUUAGGUUGUUAAUCCCUCCGAAGGGACACUAACAACUCAAAGUACACGUCAAAUAAAAUUUCUCCAAACACGUUUCUUGUUAUUUUAGCGUGAGAGACUUUACAAACGGCACCCCAUACUUGGCUACCCAAUCAGCGUGCGGAGCAGAAUGUACACAGGAAUAGCUGGGCGCAGCCGGGCAAGAUACUCCACAGUCUCUGCAGUCGUAGAGAAAGUAGUCACAGUGCUGUCCUGCAGUCACAGAUGAAGACUAUCAUGAAGGCCAGAGCUUGUAUAAGAAGGGAGUACAGCGCCAUCUUCCUCCUUCUGGCUGUGGCCAUCUUAAUCUUUGUGCUACGUACCAUGGAGGUUCUGGAGCAGUUUCAGCAUGAAAUGAACUCCACCAUCAUCGUCCCAAAAGUUUCCACUGAUCCUGACAUGAAUCACAGCUUCUGCACCUUCCAGCCAGUCUCCCCUGAGGACGCUCUGGAGGAACGCCUCCUACUAGACUCCAUUGCUUGGCCUGAAACUCCACUUUUGACAGCUCCUCUUUCCCUGGAGCAGACCAGUGAUCCAGCUCACAGCACCUUCACCAUUCUCCCAAGGAGGGGAGGAGGACAGUGGCAUGUAGGGGAUCAGCUGGAGGUUAUGAUAGAAAUGUCUGACUUCCACGGCCAUCCCAAGAAGUAUGGGGGGGACUUCUUACUCGCCCGGCUCCACAACCUGAUGCUUGGUGCAGGUGUAGCUGGGCAAGUGGUGGAUCAUCUCAAUGGGAGCUACUCUGCUGUAUUCUCUUUACCCUGGGAAGGAGACGGCACAGUACCUGACCUCCACGCAACACUGAAAAGACGUGUCAGCCAAGACAAAGCCUUGAACAUCUCAGGGAGAAUCUCAUCCACACCUGGCGCCUCGCCGCUGAGGAGCUUUUUGACUACCUCAGCAACCUCUGCCAGGGAUGUGGGCAAGAGUUCCCCCAAGUCUUCUGGCUCUGCCUCCUCCACGGAGGACAUGACGGCAGGGUUCAGGAGUUCCUCAAAGUGCUCCUUCCACCGCUCGACAAUGUCCCAAGUUUGGAAGAACUAUGGAGUCCCCAGCCAGCACCCCUUCCAGGACACCACCAAGAUACUCCAAGAAGGCUGGGUAGGCCGUACGGCUGUUCGAUGCAUACGCAUGAACAACAGUCAGAGACCUUCUGUUUGCGACCCGCAGUCACAUCGAGGUGACCCUCUCACUGAACAGGGAGAACCCAAAAACAGCAGCACUCAGCCGGGAGCUUGUGAGUAUCCCCGACCCCCCUGGUGCCUCUCACCCUGGGCAACUCCAGAAAAGGCAAGACUCCAGCCCCUCUCCAGGAGUUUGGUUCCAGAACCAGUGCUGCACAUGAAGGUGGGCCCAACCAUAUCUAGCUCCUUCCCCAACAGAGAAGUGACAAUCCACGUCCCCAGAGCCAGUCUGCCACACCAGGGGCCCCGCCCCUACCUGCCGUCUGGCACACAAUGCCCCCCACACCAAGUUCUCUUCCAGUGGUGGGACCACAGGACUGUGGACGGUAUGGCGUGUGGAAUUUCUGUGAUGCUGGUUCAUCCUAGUGAGGCUAUCACUGUGCUGGACAGGCUUACCAGAGAGCAGCCUGACAGGAUUUACUUAAAGAGCCUCUUCCGCUCAGGCUCACUCUCUGAAACUAUUAUCUGUAAUGUCUGCCUACGUCCAACCCAGCAGCGGCUGUGCAACUACACUGAUGUCCGUACAGGCGAGCCUUGGUUCUGCUAUAAACCAAAGAACCUGAGCUGUGACGCUAGGAUCAACCACUUCACAGGAGGAAUCAAACAAAACCUCAAGGCCAACGAGGAGAAGCUCUUUCAAAGAGAGAUGGAUUCAGCCCAGUAUGAGAAGGCACGGUUCAAACUAUGUGGGAGCCAGUGGGAGCUGAGCUCCCAUAAAGAGGGUCAAACAAAGUUGAAGGGCAGCAGUGACACGUCUGGACCCUCUGGCAAUUACUACCGAGGUGUGUGGCAAGCAAGAAAUGGCACCACAGUUCAUCAAUUCAACACCUCUGCCAUCAGUCAGUGUCUGAAAGGCAAGGUGGUCCACAUGUAUGGAGACUCCACCAUCAGGCAGUGGUUUGAAUACCUCAGAGCUCUACCAGAUCUUAAGGAGGUCAACCUGCACAGCCCGCACAAAGUUGGACCUUACAUUUCCUUGGACUAUGCAAACAACAUCUUGGUGACAUUCCGAUGCCACGGUCCUCCUCUCAGUUUUACCAUUUGACUGAAUGUUCAUCUGAUUGAUGCCUGGGAGAUGGUCCUGGCCCACCACCUGCCACACAACCUCCACCCACCAACUCCCAUUAUUAAGAACAUGGUUGAUGUUCUCUUGUCCUACAUAUGCCCUCCAAAGGGUGGCUAG